AUGCAGACGCCGUCCUCCAAGGGCGCCAGAAGAAAAAGCCUCUUCAACGGCGCGCUGUCGCUCAAUCCGCUGGCCGCCCUGACCCCCAUCCACGACUCCGCCGAGGGCGCCAAAGAGAAGCCCAAGACGCUGCAGAAGCGCCGCGCCAGCUCCUUCCUGGACGUGUCGCGGACAUCCAGUCCCUUCGGUUCCGACACUUACUCGCCCAGGUCGCCCGCGCCCGCCUACUCUCCUGUGCCGUCGCCCAUAGACACCAGGGGCGCCCGGAACCGCAAUGUGCCCCGGAUUGGCUCAUGGAUAUCCGGCCGCUCCCAGUCUGUGUCGGAUGAUCCGGAUGAUGAGCCGCUCAGCGCCGUAUCCAGCAAGGCGCCUUCGGUCAAUUGGGGAGAAUUGCACGAUGUCGGUUUGCGCUCGCGCAAUGUGCUCCUGAACGGCGAGGUGCAGACCAGCAGCACCCUCUUCCGCCGGAAGAAGGAGUACCUGGUCCUGACCGAGACGCACAUUGUGCGCUUCAAGAACCAGCACAAGGCUGCCGAAACUUUUCCCGACAUACUCUCCCCUUUGCAGCGAAGCUCGUCUCUCAGCCGCCGCCAUAGCCAAAAUCCCUCCUUCGGCUCCACCCAAGACUUCCAAUCAUUCGUGUCGGACCAUUCCGGUGAUCGAAACGUCGGGACCCCACUUCGUCAGCUUAUCGCUGUCUAUCAGCUCGUCGACGAUCGGCCAUAUUUCGCUUUCGAGAUAUCGUACAUUGAAGAAGAGAGCAACAAUGCCUAUUCUAUGACCUUGCAGUUCGGCACUCCGGAUGAAAUGCGCAUGUGGCUCAAGGCCAUCCGAGCCGCCGCCAACCGCGUGCGGAAUGUAGACUCAUAUCCUGUCUCCGAGCAGAAUAUCCGGCUCGCUGCGAGAAUCGUCGAGCGCGAAGGAGACUACGACCCGAACAACUUUGCUCUCUACAAGGUCAUCCAGCGGCCUAUUGGCCAUUCCAAGGCGGCGUCGUCAUCAUCAGACGACCUCACCAAGGUCACGUCCAGUAUAUGCUUCCUCGCCAUCGGCAUCCACAAGGUCCAUUUGAUCCCGGUCUUCAAAGCGCGGCAGCGCUCCUCUAGCCCUAACCUGCUAUCAUACCCUCACGAGGUGUCAUUCGGACUGCUGGCUCUCACAUCAGUGCGGCUAAGUGAUAGUGAUGAUACGUUUGAACUGGUUUUUAGGUUGCCAAUGCAAAAGCCGAAGACACUGCUCAUGGCUUCUCUCGCAGCUGGAGAUAUUGCGACGCGCCUCCAUCAUGUCGACCAUUUCUUACGCCCUGAAUGGGAUCCUCGCCCUUACAUUUUCCUGGUUCCCGAGGCGGUCAAAGCACAGAUCAAUGCCACUUCGACCAUUCAGACUGUUGAUGAGACGUCUUUGGAUCGAACGUUGUGUGCAUAUUGCAUUGCUUACAACAUCCCGCCGAAUAUUAUACGAUACCAAGUCACGUAUCCGAGCGAGGAUUGGCCACGUUUCCAACUUCUGCCGCCUGACAAUCCGAGGAGGCCUGUAUACGGGCCUUUGGAGCUCCUUGCAGUCAUGCGAGCCCUUCGCUACAACGAGACGUUCGGCUCCAUCUCUUUUGCGGGUAUUCAACUCGACGUCCUCAACGAGAUGUACGACAGGUUUGGCUCGGAUCACGUAUGCACGAGGACCAAGCGCGGAACUCCUAUCAAUCUGCCUCUUGAGGAUCUGGAGAGAUCUUGUCUGUUGGUCCAAGAAAUCAGGGCGCUUGCUGUUACGAGUAGGAAACUCCGCCGAAUGGAUUUCACCUCUUGCAUUUCCCGCCAGCCUGCUGAUUACGUGGACGAGAGUAAAUCGAAAGACAUUGGAUGUGGCAUUGUUGAAGCACUGUUUCCACUGUGCAAGUACCAGACAACAAAUGUGGACUGGAUCGUGCUGAACAACAUCCAGCUGGGCGAGACGGAUCUCGAUUACCUGAUCGCUGCGGCUGCCGAGAAGAUGUGCCAUUUCCGUGGCCUGGAGAUGCGUCGGUGCGGCUUGACUGAGAGAAAAAUGUCCCUGGUUUUGGAUGCUCUGCGCACUCAGGAGAAUACUCUCGAGGCAAUCGACAUUUCCAGCAAUCCGGCGCGUUUGGUCCCAGCAAUUUUCGAGCCCCAGUUGAGCGUUUUCGGCUACAUACGCGUGUUGAAUCUCUGCAAUGUCGCGCAUACAGCCGGCCCCGAGCCAUUGAUCAAAGCCGAUACUCUGCUCGCCUGGCGGCUUCACGCACUCAACCUAAGCGGGACGGUUCUGAACCACGAGACGGUCGAUGCUAUAUCGAUAUAUUUGGCAAGCCCGCAGUCCAGUUCCUUACGUGAGUUGCGAGUGGACCAUACCGGCCUCACUGGCAGACAUAUUGCACAGUUGAUGUUUUCUAUGAACAGCCAGCCUGGCUCCUCUCGAGAUCUCCUAAUGGACGUCAGUCAAAAUCGCAUAGAGAUAUUCCACGACGAAUUCGCUGCCGCAAUUUCCGAGAACUGCGCCCCAUCGCAGCUCGUCAUUACUCUGAUUGACUAUGAGGAAGAAUCGAACUUUGCACAGCUAAUCCUGGCGAUCGCAAAGAACAGUACCGUCAAGCAUCUCGACAUCACUAAAGUUUCCUUGCCGAAUGACGCCUCAGAACAGACCUGCCAAGCGCUUGAACGAAUGUUCACUGAAAACACGACACUUGUCAGCUUGGACAUCUCUGGUGAAAACUCGAAGCUUGAGAUAGCCAAAUUAGGCGUUGGGAUAAACAAGGCAUUAUGCGGGCUACAGCACAACAAGUCCCUAAAAGUACUCCACAUUCAGAACCAGAACCUCGGGUUGCAGGGAGCAAGCACUCUGGCAGACGUGCUCAAGGUCAACACCACCCUGGAGGAAGUUCACUGUGAGAACAAUGGGAUCCCUCUUCAGGGAUUCACCGACCUGGUGAACUCACUGCAUUACAACACCACCAUACGAUGGCUACCGCCCAUGAUCGAAAGCCGGCAAGAAACGCUCCGCCAGACGGAGAUGGCAGUCAAAAACAUGCGCACUGAUACCUCUCACCACGACAAGUCAAAGGCAUCAUCACUUCGCAACAAGGUCGCCAUAAAAAUGGGGAAGCACCCGGUUGAGAAACACGCCCCUCAGCAGCUGUCGGAACAAGAUGUACAAGCAGCUCUGCGGUUAGUCCAAGAAAGCUGGGAUAGACAAGCGCACCGUCUUAGCCUAUAUCUCCAGCGGAAUGCCAACCUCGCCGCAGGCAUCGAUACGCCCCUAGAGGUCGAAGAAGAGCAAUUCGAGAGGCCUCAUGAACGCCCGUUGAGUAUGGGCAAGAUUCUUGAGCAGGUGCAGAUCGAACGCACUCCCACAGUUGAGAAAGACGCGCUUUUCGAGCCGGAUGCUCUCAGCAUCAACACUAUGAACACUGCACGCGAGCAGAGGCGCCGACUUAGUGAAGAGAACUGGUCUCCAACCCAUCGGCGGAGCCUUGAGCACCACCAUGCGUCGUUCCCAUCUCGACCAAGCAGUGCAACUGCCACGGAUGGCAACGAGGCAUCGGAAAGACGGGAUACUUUAGGACAAGAGUCUGGCUACGAUCCCGUCACAAUAGCGCUUGCGAAAGAACUGGAAGUAUCUUUUCAGGAUGCGCAGACACUCAUCGAUACCGACUUCGCAGCGCGGCUUGCACAAAUGAGCCCAGUAGGCUCGCCGACUUCUCCCACGUUUCCGGCAUCUCCAACAACACCGAGAGCCCUCCCGAUACGGACUGGAGGGAAGCGGCAUUAA